ACGAACUUGACGAACGUCCUAUCCUCCACAAUCUUGGAUCCAAAACCUCGAGGCUCAAAGAGGGCUGUAUUGUUGCGAUUCCCAGCCUUCAUCACUUCCAGAAGUUCACAUAAUCCAUUGUUCCAUACGGUUAAUUUCGAGUACCACCCGCAGGAUGCAAGUAUAAAGGAGCGAUUUGCGGAAGCAAUAACAAGGAAGCGAUCGUCAAAGUCCAUCGGCCUGGGGACGUGGAAUAUCGCGAGUUGGUGUGUGUGUGUGUGUGUCCAAAUUCGAGUACCUUCCCGCGGACCGCUCUGAAUCGAAGUCGACUUUGGCCGGCCCACGACGCCAUGGAGGAAUCAACACCAAGCAACAAGGGCAUCAUCGGCCGCGUACGCGGCGCGUCCUUGUCUCUGAUGAACGCCAACCCACAGCUUGGGAUGUGGCAAGCUUCGGGGCUUGCGAUAGCACAGGCGCCCAACCUCAGCGAGUUGCGCGAUCCCGAGUCAGGCGGAGCCAAGAUCGAGUUCAACGCCCACGGCCAUUCCAUGCGGACAGCCGUCGAGGAGCCCGACGGCGAGCUCACCCUGGUUAAGUCAGCAUCUCGGACGCAGACGGUCGAAAUGCCAGUUGUCCGCGAUGGCGAGGCGAGCUCCGAACAGGACGGCAAGGGCGAGAGCCCUGAUGAACAGGGUCAUCACCAUAGCCAUCGAACCAUCCACGAAAGGGCCCACGAUCUCCACGAGCGCGCUCACGAGUUUAGGACGAGGCGCAGGGCAACGCUGAAGGAGAAGCACAAGUCGGACUCCAAGGAGAAGUGGGGCCCAACGGUGAGAAACGCCGCGGCGGCCUUCUGGAAGUUUUUCAAGACGCCGUCCGGGUUCGUGAUCACGAUCUACUUCUUGAACAUUGUAGCUUGGGGGGCCAUGCUGUUCUUCCUGCUGCUCAAGGCCGCACCGGCCAUGAACCACCCGGACGGCGGCGACGCCGACAGCUCGCCGCGCAAGAUCUGGAUCGAAAUCGACAGCCAGGUCCUGAACGCGCUCUUCUGCGUGACGGGCUUCGGCCUCGCCCCCUGGCGCUUCCGCGACCUGUACUGGUACGUGCAGGCAAGGUACUUCCGCAACCGCCGCGCCGUCGCCAGGCUGUACCAGCAGAACAAGGCUUGGUUCCGCCCGCCGGCCUGGGCCACGAACGAGCCAGACGGCUCGCCCACCGACGGGGACGAGGCUGGGUCGAAAAACGAAGGAGUCACGGUGCGUGAGGAGAGGAUCGAAAUGCCGGUGACCUUCACGGGCGAGAGGGCGAAGCCGACCGCGUGGUGGAAGCUGGCCUUUGUCAUCUGGAUGAUGGUCUUGAACACGCUGCUGCAGGCUGUGUUGUCGUUCUUCAUGUGGCACUACAACAGAAUCAAUCGCCCCACUUGGGCCACAGGCACUUUCAUUGGCUUGGGCUGCGGUGUGGCCAUGUUUGCCGGCCUCAUGUCAUGGUGGGAAGGUCGAAAAGUAAAGAAAAUAGAGGGGCCGGAGAUCAAGGUCAUCGACAAGAGUGCCGGAGCAUCCGCAUAGCGGCAAUAAAGAUGUAUUGAAUCAGAAUGCUGCAUACAUACAACCCGCGGAGGGAGAAAAGCCAAGACAAAAAACAAGGCAUCAUAAGAAUACUUUUGUGGUAUCUAAAUUCUAACUCUCCCGUGAACAGUUUGUGGAUACCCCAGACAUGAUCCUUCUUGAAAAAAUAAAGGGAGAGAAGUAACGUGGCAAUUCCCCAC